GUACAGCUUAUAUUUUUGUUUUUUCGCCCAGUUAGGUCGCCUCUGCCCACUUUAGGAAAUGAGUCAUGCACCUAGACUGAAGCAGUCUGUCCUUCGAGCCGGAAAAGCAAGCUAGAGAGAGAGAGAGAGAGAGAGAGAGAGAGAGAGAAAGAGAGACAUUGCUGAGAAGGAGAGGCUGGAGGAGGGCAAACGCUUAUAACAGACGAGCAACGCAAUCUCAGACGAACAUGCUGAAGCAAGAUCGACCUGUGAAUGUUGCUUUUGGAGGUCAGCUAGGAGGUACAAACUCGACCCUGCGUAUUCUCAGCAGCGACCAGAGAACUUGUGAAAAAGAUGGGAACUCUAAUUUCCUGGGUCAAGGUGAAUUUGGAUUGAGUGGAGAUGAGAACCGCAACCAAGUGCGUCCUCGAGCUCUGGGCCUGUCAAGCCGCUACCCACCACCUUCUGCUAACCACUAUGUGCCUGGACCGCUCUCUCCCCUGUCUCGCCUUCCCUGCUGGAGUCCCCUGGAACCUCUUCCUGAGAUUGACAGUGGAGAAGAUACUGGAGGCAGGGUGCCUCCAGAUGGAGCCGAAGAAGGCAAAAUAGAUGAAGAGAUGAGGAGAAUGAGUGACGAUGAGAAAGAGCAAGAGCCAGAAGACCUUAUAAAAGGUAAAGUGCAGGAACAGGUGGAGGAAGAAGAAGAGGUGUUAGACUGGGAUGGAAGUAAUGAUGAGCUUGAAUUUAGUUACAGGUCAGAAAGCUCCUCGCCUCUGACCAUUGAAAGCGGAGAUGUGACUGGGGGAGACUCUCUUAACUUAGUAUGGGAUCGCAUCUGUGUGGGAGGUUCAAACUCAGAAAAUGGCGAUGCAACCACAAAUCUACAAGAAAAACACAACUUCGAAGAGGAUAAGACAGCUGACAGUCACCAUAAGAGCCUUAGAGGUUCUAGUCUAGCUGAAGAAGCAUCCUCAGAUUCAGAGAGUGAUCUCUACUCUGAGCUCCCCCAACUCAUGGAGGCUGUAUGGACCCUGGAAGACCGGGAGCGUUUCAAAGCCCAAGAGAUGGAAAAGCACCAUGUGCAGUUGACCAUGUACCGUAGGCUUGCCCUGAUCCGCUGGGUGCGCACCCUGCAGGAACGUGUCCAAGAACAACAGAACCGACUCCAAUCCAGCUUUGAUAUCAUUCUUACUCACAGGAAAGAGCUGCUCCGCAUGGGCUCAGCUACAGCUGCCAUUGGCCAGUAACAGCAAUAUUGAGAAAAGAGAGAAAGAGCAGGGAAGAAGAGAGUCCUAGGGGCAUCCCAAGCUGAAACAAAUGACUAAGAACAGUGACAGAGAAGACUCUUUUAAACCAAAUAAUAUCCUGCAUUCCUCAACUGUCAUUCCACUGUUGUGCAUGUUUGUGGUUCAUAUUCUGUUUGUGUCUUUGCCCAUUAUACAUUGUACUUGAAGAUAAAUCAGUGCUCUGUUUUUUCAUUACUAGCCAAGCUCAAUUAUAUGAUAACCCAAACCAGGGAGAAAUCCAGAAGAAAGUAUAAGCAUCAUCAAAAUAUAUAUUAUUAAAUAUUUCAAGAAAACAAUAGGUAAUUAAAUGUUUAUAGAUAUAUCUUUAUUUAUGAGAGUUCAUAUUUGCCUUUUGUGUAUGAAUGAAUCAAUCAAUAAAUAUUCAA